CAUAAAAUCUUUUCCGGGAAUAUCAAAACAAGAGAGCUAAGGGUAAUUGCUAGUAUUUGAUAGGAAAAAAGAGGUUUCAAGCUAUCAGGGAGAAAGCUUGGGUCAUGCUGUUGAAAAAUACUAGUUUCUUGAUCGAUGGGGAAUUGAUCAAGCGGAUUGGAGUUGAUCGAUUGGCUGGGGAGCGAAUCGGGUGUUCAUCUAUUGGAAAAUACCAUGUAAAAACUUCAUGUCCUGGAUCAUUCAUUUUUACUUCUCACUCUGAUUGGUUUUCUGUGCACAAUUUCUUGUUUGCUUUCAUUUUUUGUGUUUUGCCUGCAAGGACAGACAUUCUGAUCAAAGAAAAAGUGCUAGCGGUAGGGAUUGAAACGCUGAGUUUUGAUUCAGCAUUCUAACUAAUAAGUUUGUUUUAUUGGGCCUUUGUUUUAUUCAGCAUUCUAACUAAUUCGUUAGGCUGUACAACUUUUAAGUGUUUUAAAUCAUUGGGCUUUAGUGUGAUGGGAAUUUCUCGAGGCCCACUAAUUGGUUUCCUUUGUCAACCAGGAGUAAGCAAAGUAGAUUGUCUUCCCUUCGAUCAAACUUCCCUUUUCACCGGCACUUCUCACUUGUUCUUGCCGAGAGGUUUCAUCUGGUUAUUUUCAGGUUGUGAGUUUAUCCAAGAUCACAAGAAACCUCUAUGGUUAUUUUCAGGUUGUGAGUUGAUCAAAGAUCACUAGAUUUAUUAGAAAAAGCAGGAAUUGUCUAGCGCUUGACGCACCAACCUGUGGUAUCAGAGUUCGGCUCCGGCAAAGAAGGUCUAACAGCCUCCGGAGAAUAUGAUUUCGGGAUCGACAAGUGGAACUGGAAUCUUCUUGGCCGAUGGAUUCUCACAAACUCGUCCGCCCAGCUUUGAAGGCGUUCUCUAUGGAUACUGGCAAAAUCGAAUGGAAUUGUUCAUCGGAUCUACAGAUCCUGAUUUAUGGAACAUAGUGAUGGAUGGACCUCUCAAAGUGAAAGAAGCUCGUGAGAAAUGGACUAAAGUUGACAAGAGGAAUUUCCAGCUUAACUCUAAGGCAACAAACCUGAUGUACUUUUCUCUCAGUUCGGAGGAGUAUUAUCGAGUCUCCGCUUGCAAAGCUGCGAAAGAGAUUUGGGAUAAAUUGCAGACUGCUCACGAAGGUACUUCUCAUGUCAAGAUCUCUCGUAUUAACAUGUUCAAGCAAGAGUUCGAACUUUUUACUAAGAAACCAGAAGAAUCGAUCUAAGAUAUGAAAUAAUGAUUCACCACCAUAGUAAUCAGUUUGAGUAAUUUGCGUUGAACACGAGAGUGUUGAUCUUGUUCGAAAAGUACUAUCGGCACUUCCAAUGAAGUGGACAACCAAGGUCACUACAAUCGAGGAGUCCAAGGAUCUAACAACGUGGAAGCUAGAUCAGUUGAUUGGAUCUCUUAUUACCCAUGAAGAAAAACUCAAUGGAGAAGAAUUUAAGAAAGAAAAGAAGGGUAUAGCUUUCAAGGCACUAUUUACGAGGAAGAAAAGGAAGGUCUUGAAGAUAUGGAUGAUGAUGAACUGGAUAUGCUUAGCAAGCAUGUUGCCAAGCUGCUUAAACUCCGGAAAGAAAAAAGAAGGGAGAAUUUCGUCAACAAGUUCCGAGAUAGUGAAACAAAUUAUGAUCAAGUAAAUGUGAGACAUGGUCCAAAUUGGCAAGGACAAAGAAUGAAAAGAGAAGGAAAAAAUGAUGGCUUAAACCCAAAUACCAUAUGGUUGUUUUAAGUGUGGCAAGCAAGGGCACCUCAAAGCUGAAUGUCCUCAACUAAAAAGAGAAAGAGCAAUUGGCUGCAACUUGGAGUUGUAGUGAUGAAGAUGAUGAGGAAAGUGAUGGUCUGAGCAAGCAUGAAGCAUACAUGGGUGUAGGAGACAGUGAUGAUGAAGUCCUUCCACAUAAAUCCUGCCAAAGAGAGGUAAGAAUAUCUAGCUAUGGCUCUUUAAGUGAUUCCGAAUAAUACAGUGAUGAUGAUCAACUAGUUACAACUAUUAGAGAUAUUCAAAUUGAAUUUGGAAAUGUAAAACGAAAGUAUUCCAAGUUGAAAACAAAUUAUGAGAAAUCACUAAGAGAGUGCACUAAGUUAAAAGAAGAGAAUAAGACUCUAAUAGCAAAACUAAGUGAGUCUGACUCUAAGCUUGAAACAGUAAAGCUUCAAAGUUUGGAUAAAAUGAACAAGCUUAAAUAAGAUAAUCUAAUUCAAGAAGAAAAUUGAAAGAAUCAGAAUAUAGGAUUAAAGAAUUAGAACUCCAAAAUAAUACUACAUCACCUACAUGUGUGCAUUCCAUGUGUCAUAAAGAAAAAACUUCGAAGUCCAGAAGCGUGAUUAAAACAGAAAGGUUAAAAAGUUCAUAUCCAAAACUAAAUGUUUCUAUUGCCACAAAAUUGGUCACUUAAUUGGAAAGUGUCAAAGAAGGUUGACUAAUGAACACAGACUAAAAGGUAUUGAAUGUUAUUCAUGUCAUGAGUUAGGACACAUUAGUAGGUUUUGUGAUUUAAAAUUGAAGAAAGACAAGAGAUCCAAGUUAGUCUGGGUUCGAAAAACGACAUGAUUGUUAAGUGUGCAGGUUUGUUUCCAAGUGAGCAAGGGAACAAACGAAAGUGCACUUGAAGCGAGUGCUCGUAUAUAUGGGAAAAGGUAAGGAAGGUAAGGUUAUUUGUCAUGUUGAAAUAGUCAUAAAAAGAUAACAUUUUAUUCUAUGCAACUGUCAUAUUUAUUAGUAAGUCUUAUUGUAGCUGGAUCGCUAAGUGUGUGGUAAGUCAAAAUUGGGUGGGUGAAGCUAGUUGCUAAAGUCAGUAAUAGAGAUUUUUACAACGAAGAGAAAAGAUUUUGUGAUUAUUUGCGUAGGAGACAUAACCUUAGCCAACUAAGUUUUCAGCUUCUUGAAAAUUUUGAAGUGCUUUUGUUGAUCAUUCCUAAAUCAGACUCGAUUUAACCUUUAAUGGAAGAGGCAAUUCAUAGAAAUUUUAAACAACCUAACAUCUAAACUUUGCAUCCUUAAGUAUCCAAGUGAUUCUAUCGCAUGUUGCCUCUUUGGCUUGGAGUAUGACUUAGGAAAAUAAACUACCAAUUACUGA